AUGGCUUCUUCCAACCCUGCCAACUUCGCCAACCUCCCCAAGGACGAACUCAAGGAGAUUGCUGCAAAGGGCGGACACGCUUCCCAUGGCUCAGGCAACACCGAGUCCACUCAUCCUGAUCGCAACCCAGAUGGUACCUUCACCAAGGGCUCUGAUCUCGCAAAGGAGCUAGGCGCCCAAGGUGGUCACGCAUCACAUGGAGCGACCGAUAGCAGUGAGCCUGGCCGCAACCCCGACAGCACCUUCAAGAAGGGCAGUGAGCUUGCUUCUGAGCUAGGCGCCCAGGGCGGUCAUGCUUCCCACGGCGCUUCCACAGCUUCUACAGAGUCUUCCGGUAGUGACAGCGGCCGCAACCCCGAUGGUACAUUCAAAAAGGGUAGUGAGCUUGCUUCUGAGCUUGGCACCCAGGGUGGCCACGCAUCUCACUAG